ACUUCCGACAGUGGGUUGGGUCGUUCAGCAAAGCGCCAAAAACUUACCAUCCGCGCCGUAUAGGGCGAUUUGUGAUAUUUCGAUCGUGAAUACAAAAUUCUUGAAUGAAGAUGACGUUCAUAUGAUUUUUCUAUCGUUAUUUCUUUGUAGUUGAUCGCUCAGCUGUAACAGGAAGGUUUUCUCUCUUCCUCUGAGUGCGUGACGGUGUUGUUCAGUUGCCGUCAUGGAGAGCGAGCUCCAGGCCAGAGAUCGCAUUGGAGUGCAAGAUUUUGUCCUUCUCGAGGACUUCCAGAGCGAGGAUGCGUUUCUGGAAAACCUAAAGAAACGUUACAAUUCUGGGUUGAUUUAUGUGAGUACUAGGAAUACUUAAAGUUUGUUCAAAUUUCGAUUCGUCAAACGGCAGUGCACACAGGGUAGUGUCACUUUCAAGCAAUUAAGCUUAACUUGUAAAGCACGAGUGUAGUUAACUUAUUUCUUUUAGCUACUCAAAGUUAUCAAGGCUUUUAUAGUAAUGGUUUCUCUUUUAGCGAUCCUGUUGUUGGUCUAUUUUGGCUAAGUAUUUAUUAAAAAAAUUCCAUGUCAGUUAAUUCGCUUAAAGUAAACAACCAAUUUUUUGUAAGGCUAUAACAUGUAAAUUGUUAUUCUUUUGUCAUACCGCAUUAAACAUGUUUAUUCGAAUUCCUUUACCUAUCCUUCUUUUUCAACAGACUUACAUAGGAACUGUAGUAGUGUCUGUGAAUCCAUAUAAGAACUUGCCAAUUUAUAGCCAGGAUGUCAUAGAGAAAUACAGAGGGGAAAAUUUGUAUGAGCUGCCUCCACACAUGUAAGUUUAUGUGUCCUCGAUUUUUAUUAUGCUCUAAGUUUGUGAAAAUUUGACAAAAAAAUUCGAUUCUUGUUAAGAGGCAAUAACAAAUCAUAAUAUAAUAUGAUAACUUUUAAUAUUAUAAAAUUUAUAAUAAAAUGGUAUUAUAGACGUCACUGGUUUGUAAAAUGAUUUUUAGUCAGAAGAUUUCAACUUAAUAUAAGAAGCAGUAAUGUCAGAUUUACAUUCUUUUGUAAAUUUGUGGUGCUUAUUAAGAAAGUAAUUAUUAUGAAGUUGCUACAGGCUAGAUUCUUUAAUUGCCAAUAAUGUGAAGCCCAGUAUAAUUAACGUUUGAAAAAUUUAAAAUAUUCAGUGCCCCUAUAAUAGAAAGCAGCUGCCCUGGGUGUAAACCAUAGAACAAAAAAAAUCUGUAAACAUCUUGUGGGCUUUUUACUCAAUACCAGUAUGUUUUUAUUAUUAUUUUACAAGUAGGCACCUGUUUUCUUAAGCUAUUGAUAGGGCUUUUUAAAGGUGUCAAAUUAAGAUGGAAUCCAUCAGGAAAUUGAGUAAGAAAAAUUUCAGUUUUCAAUGGACAAAAACAUUGUACCUGAAUAAUUUAAACAACAUUGUAUUCUUUUUUACACUAUUCAAGGCCUAGUUAUCUGUAAUAACACCAAAGACUAUUUCUCAUGGGAGCCUGAGAAAAUAGAUGUCAAAUUUCACAAGAAUAGUGAAAACAGAGGUUAAAUGCUGAAAAUUUUGUGUGUUAGGUGUCAUUUGUGAAAUUUGACAUUUAUUUUUCCAGGCUCUCGUAAGAAAUUUUCUUUGGUGCUAUUACAGAUAACUAAUUACAUCUAUAGCCCUUGAAAAACGUGAAAAAGAAUGCAACAUUGUUUAUUCUGGUACAAGGGUUUUGUCCACUAAAAAUGAAAAUUACUCAAUUUCCUGAUGGAUUCCGUCUUAAAGGUAAUAAGAAUCAAUAAAAUGAUCACUAAAAGGAAAAUGCUUUUAAAAUCUUUUACCAACUUUUCUCAACUACCUAAAAAAUUCUGAAAAUAAGCCCCGGGGCUUAUAUUUUUCAAAGGUCCUUUUUGAGGGGCUUAUUUUUGGAGGGGCUUAUAUUCGGAGGGGCUUAUCUACGGAGGGAAAUUUGUGUUUCAAAAUAGAUUGGGCUAGCCUUAUAGUUGGAAGUAAAUUUACCCUUUUUCCUUUGUUUUACUUCGUAUUUGAGGGCAAUUUUCCAAGUACAAGCCCCCGGGGGGAUUAUUUUUGGAGGGGCUAUUUAACGGAGGAAUUUUUGUGUCACCAGUUUGGGGGGCUUAUAUUUGGAGUCGCUUAUACAUGGAGGGGCUUAUUUUCGGAAUUUUAUGGUAAUUUUGUAACGAAAUGUUUUGAGAUCAGUUUUAAGAAUUUGUAUGUGGGUCUCCCCAUUUUUUCGUCAAGAAUUGGAUAAUAAAAUGAAAAUCAUUAGGAAUAACCUAUCAUAAACAUUAUUUGCCUCUGAAAGUGAGGAGAGAGAAAUCUUUAUGAUCCUGGUUAUUCUUGAAGGAUUCGAGAGCACAACAUGUUAUGCUUAAUAGAGGAGCAAGUGCACUUAGUAGAUUAACCUGUAGCAAGCUGAUUAGCAUUAAAAAGAUCUUGUGUCUUAGUAUCAACCACACAUUUUUGUUUUUUUGAGUGUAUUCUUAUACAUGACUGUCAAGAUGUCAAAUAUAAGAAGAUUUUCAUGCCAUAAUCUGCAUGAAGGUUAAUUAUUAUUAUUGACUUUGAUUCUGUUGACUGUUAUUUUCAUGUCGCUUUGUGGUAGUAUUGCCAGUAUUAAUUCUUUUUUGUGACUCCCCUCACAAUUUUAUUUCAUAGUUUCACAAUUUACUUCUUUAUUUGUUUAUUUAUUCUAUAGUUUCAAAAUGUUUAGGCCAAUUUUCUUUGAAUAUUUUGGGGGAGCAGUGAGUGAUUUCGUCUUGACAUUAGGUUUGUUUUAAAUCCCAAACCAUGUCCCAUUUUGUGUCGAUUGUUAAGUUAUGGAUGCAUUUCGGAGAUUUGAUAGGUGUUCAAGAAGCUAGUGUUGCUCUUGGCUGUCACCCUAGCUUAUAGAUCUAAAUCCGUCGUGGUAAUAUUAUGUGGCUAAAUGUAAUUUAGGCUAAGUUAAAUGCGAGACAGUGCUGGCCAGAGGUCUCCUUCACUAAUCGUAUGUGGGGCAGUCUCGGGGUUUAGCAGGGCCUUAGUGAUUUUACAGUGCUUUUGCGUGCAGUAGUUAUGGUUGUUUUUUGCCCCCAACCCUCCCUCCUCUCUGGAUACUGUUUUGGUAAGUAUCUGUGCCUCUCUCUGCUGAGGUUCUCAGUGUGACGGUGCCUGGAGGGUGCCGCUCUCAGGGUUGUCAUGGUUACCCUCUAACAUCGCUUGCAGCCGCCUUCUGCUUCUUCAGGCACCUUCCCCACACCUAUCUAUUGUUGAUGGGUUUAAAAUAUAGUAAGUGGAUUAUCAUGGUCUAGUUUGAAUCCACAUUUCAGUGCAUAACGGCUAUUUAUGUAAUGUUUCAGCUAUGCUAUUUCGGACGCAGCUUACCGUUCGAUGAAAGAAGAGAGAAUUGAUCAAUGUGUGUUAAUUUCUGGAGAGAGUGGAGCAGGAAAGACAGGUGCGGUCAAAUGUGGUGGUCUGAUUUCAGCUAAGACUAAUAAAAUAAUGCUCAGCAACAAGUUCAGUUUGUAUGGGUGUGGCAAAGGCAGAUGCUGGUUCAAUCUAUAUAACCAAGCUAAGAGACCCCAUUUCACACUGAUUGGAUGAGUAACAUUAUUGAAUUUGAUUACUGAUGUUUUAGCAGAAGAGAGAAAGUAUAGGAAUAUUAUAUUGUUAUUUAGUCAAUGCAAGUGUAAAUUCACUGAGUAUUUUGGCUCAUAAAGGGCCUUGGGUUUCUAAAUGUGACUGGGAUGUGUUUGUUUUAUUUUUUUAUGUGAAGCAAUUGUCAUAUUUUUUGGGGAAUUUAAACUGAUUAUUAUUAUUAUUAUUAUCAUCAUCAUCAUCAUUAUUAUUAUCUCCAUUCCUUGUAGACUCAGGCAGGAUGUUCUGCCUGGUUUAUGGUCCUUGUGAGCGGGUUAAAACAAGUCACCAUGGGUCCCAGGUCUCUCUUUUCCUUCUUCUCACAGGGACAGUACUUUCCUUAGUAUCUUCGCUGUCCCCAACAAUGCUAUUUUCUGGAUAACUUCCAACCUCACGUUGAUGCCGAUUCGCUUCAUCUACUCCUUAAAGUUGACUGAUACUGCUCUGCAAUGACUUUUCAGAUCAUCAUCAUCAUAAUCAUCAUCAUCAUUAUUAUUAUUAUUAUCAUUAUUAUUAUUAUUUCUAUUAUUACUAUUUUAUAAGUAAGUGAGCCUAACUUGCUAUGACAGUUUUCAAUGUGGCUGUCAUUAUCAUGUUGAUGCAAUGGUAAUUAUGGCUAUUAUUGUAUCACAUAUUUUUAGAGGCAUCAAAGAAAAUCUUGGAAUACCUAGCAGCGAUAAGCACCUCCUCAGAUGAUGUUGAGAGAAUCAAAGAUCGUCUCCUUGAAAGUAACCCCGUUUUGGAGGUGAGUUCUCAGCAGGUGGGACAAUGUAUAGUGGGAUUAGGGUAUGGUUUUUUGAGGAACUCAGAUAGGAUAAUAAUAUUAUUUUGAUCGUUUGCUUGGUGCCUAAAAUUACUUGAUCCAAGCUGUUGCUACAAAAUUUGAAGUAUCUGUUAGUGUUUAGAUAAUAGCAAAUUAAUGAUCCAGGAAAGGUUUACUUUAGAAUUCUAAGCCUUAAAGAACUUCUAUGAAAAAAUAAGAAAUAAAUUUAAAAAAAUGACCUGUUCAAGGUUUAUUGUUCCUUGGUUUUCCUUUUUGAAAUAGCCUGGGAAAGAAAGUGAGAGCUCACUCGCAUGUUCACUUGCCACUCGAAAUAGAGACGUUGCUACCAGUCCAUAAUGUUUCUUGGUAGUCGUGUGUGUUCGCUAUUCGGUGAGCCACUGCAGUUUACAUUAGGAAUUCCGAGGACAAAUUUGUGCUAUUUACAUACUAAGCAACGUCCACUAUGGCUCCACAUUUCCUUUUUCAGCCAUUUCAACCAACCGUUAACAAUAAAUAACACUGUGGCAGUCACACAUGCCUGACACAAAAAAUCCUCACAUAUGCAUGAUACCAUGACCUCCAAGUGUACUCUCUGAUAGCUUCUUGGUUUUUGAUAUUUCCCAAAACUAUCCUUUUUAAAGGCUUUUGGCAAUGCAAGAACCAAUCGAAAUGAUAAUUCAAGUCGCUUUGGCAAGUACAUGGAUAUUCAGUUUGAUUUCAAGGUGAGAGUAUGUAAUUAAGUGUAGAAAUGCUGUGAAUAUUACAUGUAUUUCUAUACCACAUUACCUGCUAACUCACUUAAAAUGUUUCAAUUUUAGGGAUCUCCUGUUGGUGGGCAUAUUAUCAACUAUCUGUUGGAAAAAUCCAGAGUUGUCCAUCAAGCAAAAGGUUAAUUUAGUCCUCAUUUUGUUAACCAUUAGGCUUCAGUAAUUCUCUCUAAUUUAAAACCAGUGGCAAAAGUGUUGAGAUACUCCGAAGAAAACACAACCUUCGAUCUUGCUUCAAAUUGCUGCUAGUCACAGGUCUGUGAGAUAUAAUACUCAACCUCCCCCUUCCCUUCCAUUCAAAGUUGUUCCUCCAAGUUUUGAGCAUGAUCUUGUAUUGCUGUUAACUUUGAUAAGGGGUGGAGGGGGAUCACAAGCACGAGAUCAUGGAGAGCCCAUGUAAGCCAAAAUAUGGUAGAGUGUCUCAAGUACUUUUGCAACUGGUUGUAGGAUUUAAUUGACUGCACAGACACAGCUAGCAUCAUGUUUUAGAUGAAUUAAAAUGUGAACAGCAGUAUGUUUCCUACAGAAAAACUACCAACAACGUUUUUUGAUUCUUGAUUUUAUUGUUUCACCUUAGGUGAAAGAAAUUUUCACAUCUUUUAUCAGCUGUUGCAAGGUGGCAGUAAUGAGUUACUGGACAUUCUUGAUUUGGAACGAGACACUUCAAAGUAUUUUUAUCUCAACCAGGUAUGCCUUUAUAGAUGUGUCUCAUUUUUACCUCUUAUUAAGGUGGCUGAACACAGUUUUGCAGGCUCUCAGCGGUAUUUGGCAUGAUGGCACAUGUUUUAAAUUAGACAAACAAAGUUGGUGGCGAAAAAACAAUGGUACACAGAAGACGAUUUCUCAAAAUCUACUCAUUAGAAUUUUGUGAUAUUUGUUGUUUUUAUAAUUUUUGUUACUUCUAUUGUAUUUUAAAUAAUGAGAACUUUAAAAUGGAAGUUAAACAGACAAAUCUGUGACACAUUUUUUAAUAAUUACAAUACAAUUAUAUUAUUGAUUAUCUAAAAACCCGUCUCUCAAAAUUUGGUCAAAUAAGUUUUAAAUGGUAAUGAGUAAUUAUAGUAAGCUGUGUGCAAGUUUAUAGGAAAAUCUAAUGGGUGAAUUUUACUUACACAGAGCAAAAGUGAAAUUUGAAAGUUGCAUUCAAUCGUUCAUGUUGCCAUGGAAACUACGAAAAUGUCAAAUUUUACUUGUCAAUCAAAAUCUUUCAUCAGUAUUUUAUUCACUUGCCAAGUUUCAGCUUGUGAGCUAUAACCUUUCUCUUGCCGUGAUUUGGCAAAUGACAUAUAUCUCUCCGCCACCUUAAGAUGACACCACUAUGCUGUUAGUACACAUGCAACCCUGUAAAUGUUACAGGUCAAAUUUGAUUUCAGGUUGAAUCGUUUUAGCCCAGGUUUGUUCUUAAUUUUUUGGCCUGCUAAAGGAAAUUGAGAUUUAACUGAGGUUAAAUUAAAAUAAACCUGACAUCACAUUUGACCUGGAACAUAAUGUAAUAUGCCCAAAACUUUUCGAGAAACAAAUAUUCAAAUCGAAAGAAUAAGAGCUGGGUCCUGGCUAGGUUUCACUAACUGAUAGUUUUAUCUGCUAGAUGGAAAACUAUUGAAACCUCGAUUUUAAUGGUUUUUAUCGGGACUUUCGCCCCUGGAACAUAAUGUAAUAUGCCAAACACCGAGAAACAGAUGAAAGCAUGAGGGUUUAGGCCAUCUGUUCUGAGGUUUUGGAGCCCAUGAUGAAGCACAAAGACCAAGUUUUUGCCUUUUCUUCUCAAAUGAAACAAUAAAAAUGCAACUGCAAGUGUUUUGAUCUCAGAUAAAAACCUUGUGGUGUUAGAUCUGGUGUUUCAUUGAGUAUCAAGAUUCAUCCACCUGACCCAAAAAUUAUGGUUGUUAUUUAUUGGCUUUCAACAGCAAGAAUAAUUCAAUGAGUUUGAGAACAACAUCAGAAAACUGGUAUCAGUGUGAUUCAUUCUAGAGCAGGAGGUGCUUCAGGGGCACCCAACAAGAAUAUAGUUCAAAACCACUUAAACAUAGCAUUGUUAAACAUAUUUUAGUAUUUAAACGGUAGAUAUAGGCAUAUUUUCAUCUCCUAAAAGUUUUUCAUCUGUUUGGAUUUCCUAGCUGAAAGUCUAGUGAUCCGAAAAUGAUAGGGAUCAAAACUUACCCUGUCGAAAAUUUCAGGCAGAAAAAAGGUUCCUGAAAAUUCUAGGUGACCUUUUUAGGGUAAAAAUCCCUUAAAAAUGGGCAAUAAAUUGUACCAGUUUUUGGAUGUUCGAAAAUGCUAGGAGAGGUAGGCAAGCAAGAACUUUUACAACAAAUGUUCUGAAAAUUCUAGAUCUCAAAUCGUCUUCCAAACAGACAUUUUUCCGAAAAUUGACGUUGGGUGCCCCUUGUGUUUGUGAUCUCAAAUUUUAGGGUGGUGACACUCAUGUGGAGUCUCUUAAUGAUGUGGCCAACUUCAAGCAUGUGAAGGAAGCCUUAUCUAUUAUUGAGUUCACUGAAGAGGAGCAAAAUGCAUUGUUUGCUAUCAUCGCAUCUGUCAUCCAUCUGGGAACAAUUGGUUUUCUAGACCCAGAAAUUGAACAUGGUGAAGUUAAACUGGAAAAUGGUCGACCUGUCAAUGUUGUGUCAAAGGUACGGAAAAUAAAAACUGAAAUAUAUAUAACUAAUAUGAAAGAGUGAGUUGCUAAGAGGUCAAUGAGACCUUGAUUAACAUUAGUUGCUCAUAUGAGACUUAUUUUCCAAAAAUUUUGACCUGAUGCUAUGCUAAAAUGAUAUUACCAGAAAAUGCUUCAGUUAGAGCUAUAUAAACAGUGCCUUAGACUUGUUAAAGUGUGCAUAAGCAACAGAAAUCAUAAGUUUUAUUUAUGACUUAAAUCCCUUAAUGAGUGUUUAGAACUGUAUAGGUUCGAAUGACAGCAACUUUUUUAUCUUCAAAUAUUAUAUUUGGUGAGCUACAUUUUGCUAUAUGAGUUUAUUGGCUGAGAAUGCCUAAUUGGACACCAGAAAAUAAAUAUUUCUUGAAUAUUAUUGAGUUGCAAGAUGACAGCAAGCUACAGUUUGUACUGUGGUUUGCACGUUGUUUGUGUCCUCAUUGAACUACAUGUGUUUUGUUAAAAGACAGUGACACUGAAAAAAUAUUUUAGGCAUUCAUGGUUUCAUUAUGUAAAUGCAUGGUAUCAUAUUAUUCCUUGGUGUUUAAUUUUUUUAUCCAUUCACUAAAGUGACACACUUUUCCGGUGGGAGGAAAACCCUUUACUGUUAGGCCUACUAGUGUUUUUAUUUAUUUAAAAGUUGGCUAGUAUGUUUAUGUAAUGAUGUGUUAAAAUAUCUAAAUAAAAUAGAUAGUAAAAUAAAAAAAUAUUUCUACUUUAAAUCCUAUACAAUUUUAUUUCUUGUCCUUCACUCUUUCCAUCACUUAUCUUUCAUAGCUUCUGGGCUGUCCAGAAGAGGUUUUGGAGAAAGCUCUCACAAGUCGGACAGUAGAGACUAGAGGAGAUAAGGUACUGAUAAAAUUCUCAGCUUUUCUACACCAGACAAGGAACAUUUGGCAUUCACAUUAUCCUAGUAAUGGCACCUUUUCUGUUAUGGCUCAACAAAAUCCUAUGACCUUCUGUCUAUAUAUUAGUUAAGAUGCUCUACCACCAAGCCUCAGACUGACUUCUCAGAGCUAAGACCAUAAAACUAAGUCGUUUUGUUUUGUGCUCAAUGGUAGCCGCCUAUGCAGAUGCUCUAAGGGUUUUGUCACAUGUUCCUUCCCAGUGAAUGGUAGGAUUGCAUGACGAACCAAAAGUACGUCGACGUGAGAGGCAGCUAAAUGAUGGGUACACUGUUUUUCUUAAAUAAAAACACUGGCACAAGUUAAGGGUUAGUUUAGUUGUUUUUCAAUAAAAUUAUCCAAAAUGGGCUCAGAGCCACAAGCUGCUUCCGUGAAAAUGGACCCAAAAUUUUAGCAACUUUUUGACUUUGUGUGACCUCCAAAAUUUUUACUUACAAUUAAAGACUAAACUUUCCAGUGGGUUACUAGCUUAAUUUUUUCUUUGUUAAAUGCAUGUUUUUUAAUACAUCACUGUCUUGCCUGUAGGUGAGGACACCACUUACCAGUGAGCAAGCUAUCUACGCCCGUGAUGCACUGGCUAAGGCUGUAUAUGACCGUAUGUUUACUUGGCUUGUUCAGCGAAUCAAUACAUCACUUGUCAGCCAGGUAAUUUGGCCCAGACAUACACUAUUAAAUAAAUAGUUACAGAGUUAAGGGACAAUUGCAUCACCGGUAUUAUAAAGGAUAAAUUAUUAUAAAAUGCUCGAAGAUUUUAAAAUAGGUUCUUAUAACAAUAAUCAAGAAAGCUUUUAAUAAAGGCUUUAAAUAUCCAUUUUUUCAGAUACCACUUCAUUACCUAUCUUAUUUUGUCUCUUAUUCCAUUUGGCAGCUUUUGUGCACCAUAGUUUGAGUGCUUUGUGGAAAAGGACCCAGCUUGACACCAAAAUACUGGACUAGUGAAAGUUGAAAAAAAUGCAGAGGGGUCUAUUUGAUCCCAUCCUCCCUAAAAAUUCACCCUUCCCUGCCGAACAAUUUUGUGUUUUGCUCUCUGAAAUCACUCCUCCUGGUGAAUGUUGUAGAAAAAAUAAACAAUGUCUGGAGACAUGCAAUUGUUUAACUGCUAAGAUCUUAUUUAUUUUUUUUUUUGUAACUAUUAUUUUGCCAAUGUUGUAGUCUUACAGAGGAAAGAAGACACUCAUGGGUAUACUGGACAUCUAUGGCUUUGAAAUUUUUGAAGCAAACAGGUACUUUGUAACUGCUAUACCUGUAAAAAACUGGACAUUCUAAAUCCCUUUAUGAAAUGUGAACAGCACGAAAACACUUUUUUUAACUCUUCAAGCCCCAAGAGAGUGGUCAACAUUAAAUUUUCUCCUUGUAAUACAUGUAUCUACGCUCUACAAAACAAAGUAGUCUUGCGUGACCAGGUCCUUAAUUAUUUAGAAUGUCAGUGGUCACACAAGAAAUAAAUGAAACUGCAGAUACAUUAUCAACUUCUCCCCACUACUUCUAUAGGAAAUGUAUAGGCACAAAAAAUGAGAAUUGAAAUUUUGAUAUUGGGGUUUAAAGAGUUAAUGUACAGGGCAGCAUGGUUGGUACAGUGAUCAGAGCACUCACUACCUACCAAUGAAGCCAGGGUUCAAACCAAGGAUUAGCUGCCACAUAGUGGGUCAAGUUUGUUGUUGGUUCUUGCUCUCGACUUUAUUCUCCAGGCCCUCUGGUUUUCCCCUCUCCUCAAAAACCAAGAUUUCCAAAUUCCAAUGCAAUCUGAAAUUAGUACCAAGACAAAACCAUUUUUGGGAAACCCUACCACUAAAUCAUUAUUUUUCAUUUAAUCAAUUUUAAUAUUUAUUUAUCUAUUUAUAAAAACGUUUGCAUUAUAAUAAUAGAAAUUGCUUUUUUUUUCAGUUUUGAGCAGUUCUGUAUCAAUUAUUGUAAUGAGAAACUUCAACAGUUAUUCAUUGAGCUGACAUUGAAGGAAGAACAAGAUGAGUACAGAAAGGAAGGAAUAAUGGUAACUUUACAUUAACACACUAUCUUAGCACUUGUAACCAUUUGCCCAAACCAUCAAAUUUGUCACUGCUCCUUACUAGUCCUAUUUUUUUUACUGAUAUCAUCUUUAAUGAAGAAGACUAAGGGCCUAUCCACACUAGCAAAGAAGCUGUUUAUUUUGACAAUUUUCUGUCAUCAGCAACACUUAACAAAUACAGAUGGUUUGUUGCGAUUUUAAAAGUUUUGUCCCACACAGGAGGUACAGACAAACUUAACCAAAGAAACAGAAAUGUGUUUUUCUUGUCAAUCAUUUGUCGUAAAGCCAUUAUUCUUCCCAUUGACAAAUACAGGUGUUGUCAGAUGUAACAGCCUAAUAAGAGUCAAUAGUUUCCAGUGUGGAUAAUAUUUUUCAAAACAAAAAUUGUCAUCAUACAAUAUUUUGGUAUAGAUGUUUCAAAGACAAUUUCGAUUUUGUCUGCUGGUGUGAAUAGGCCCCUGGCUCACGAGACAAAAGUAUAGUUCAUAUUGAGAGUGACAUACCCCAUUCAUAAAAACAUGUUCCAUUUAUUUUGUAAGAGGCCAAAAAACUGAUAUUACCAUUCAAAAGUGCUCUCAAAGAAGUUUGAUGUCAGAGGAAUAGGAUUUGAGUCACAGACUUUAAAAAGCCUUUUAGCCUGAUGAGAAUUUUAUUUUGAAAAAAAAAUUGAAUUAAAUGUAAAGCUGUCUUAGCCAUAAUAUUAUUUGAAAGGCACACACAAGAAACUUGGUUGCUUCUAUACUAACGACAAACCUGAGAAAGCUUGUUGUCCUCAUGGACUAUACAAGUUUAGGCGUUUUGUGUUUUCUUAUUGAUAGCUAUGAACUGUAUCUGACUAUUUUGAAUAGCUUUGACAAUUGUUUAAUCUUGUUGUAGUGGGAGGAGGUACAGUUCUUUGACAACAAGGUGAUAUGUGAUCUUAUUGAAGCCCGGCACCAAGGAAUUAUUGCCCUUUUGGUAUGCAACUUAAUUAACUUCUUAUCUUAUGCAGCUUGUACACAUACUUUUGAGGCAAACAUUAGAUUUGUUUAUGAACAGAGCGAAAUUUUGUGAUGGUAAUGUAGUCUAUCCCUUAAAGUCCCAAUAGAGACCAAGAGUAAUUUUCUCCUAACAAUAUCCAUAAACUGUCAAGAGAUAGGUUAUGAGACUUAACAAAAUGUUCACCCAAUAGAAAAUCCCUUGAUCUAUUAUCAAAUUCUCUUGACUAGUUCUUAAGGAAAUGUAGGUAGAUCAGUUUAGAGAAUUUGUAUGUCUGAUACUGGGGCUUAAAGGGAUAGCUAUAUAUUGGUUAAACUCUAAGCCAACAGAAAUUUUGGAGAGUAGGUACUGUUAAUGUAGCUAAGCAAAGUAGGAGGGCAGCAUUCUCCUCCGCAGCAAGAAGGUCACCAUAGCAACCGAGCUAUGUACAAUCCACUUCCAAGCACCCUAAGAGAUCCUGAGGGCAGAAUGAAUACUUACCCAAGGAUGUGGUCAGAUAUAAAAGCAGAAGGUACACUUUCAGUUUUUUUUUUAUUCUAAUGGAUAGGAUGAGGAAUGCCUUAGACCUGGAGAAGUAUCAGACAUGACAUUUCUGGACAAGAUGGAGAAGACAAUUGGAGAGCAUGCUCAUUUCAUCAGGUAGCUGGUGACUGUUUUUGUUUAAACCCUGUGAUUUUUUAUCUCAAAAUGCUUCUGCUACUAACAGCUCAUAUUAUUUAACCUCACAGUUGCUAGUAUAAAGCAGCAAAAUGUUUAAUAUUGAGGGAUGUAAUGCUUCCUCAUGUUAUUUCGUAGAGGUGUUGCUAUAAAUAACAUGACUGUCAGAUUAACCCAAUACAAUCACUUUUUAAUAACAAGUAUUUAUUUAUAGAAUUAAGAUGCAGGUUUCAUUCUUUCUGUUUACCUAGUCCAAAAGUAUUUUUAUUUAUACUGUUAACAGUUUUGAACAAAAUAUUUUACAUUUAUUUUCUCUUUUGACAGUCAUGCUACAUCUGGGUACAGUGAGCGGAAAACCAUCCAACGAGAGGUGUGUGUCAUUGCGUUUGGUCUUUCACUUCUGUAGUUUUUCCAAGCAUAAGACAAACCACUCCAUGUUUAUUACUUGUGGGUUUGUGCACACAUUCAGUUGACUGUUCUUUUUGACAGCCAUGAUUUAUAAUUUUAUAAUAUUUUUAUGUAAUAACAUUUUCAUUGUUAAGUGGCAAGGUGGUACUCAAGCUGACAUUGUACAAGUUCUGCCAAAAAAAAAAAUAUAAUUAUAAUGAUGAAAAUAAUAAUAAUAAUAAUAAUAAUAAUAAUAAUAAUAAUAAUAAUAAUAAUAAUAGAAAUGAUACUUUAUUAAACUCUUCUCAAAUUGAAAAUUAAGUACAAAUUUAGUAUAACUAUAGUUAAAAAAAGACUUCUUGGUGGUCUGGUGGUUUUCAACAGAGCAAAAGUAAACAACUGUCUAUAAACUAAAAAAAAAGAAAAUUUCUAUGUUCAUCGCAAUGAUAAAUAUAAUAAUUAUUAAAUUUUACUAUUUACAGAUUCAAGAAUAUGAAAUAUUAAAAUAUAUACCCUAUGUACAUUCUUCUUGUGUACGAAAGAGAAUUAUCGUAAAAUGACUAUCUAAAGACUACUAAUAAAACAAUUAUAAAAAGCAUCAAAAAGUUAAUUAAAAAAAAACUAUUUAAAAAUAAUAAUUCAAACUGAUAAAAAGUUACUACUUAAAUUCUGGCUUGCGCACUUUCCGAUGUAAUGUCAAUGUCAGAUAUAUUGGCUGCUUUUCUCUUGCUCCUGGUUCCUCUGAGACACAGCAAGGCUGAUCGUAGGAUGGCAAAGGAUACUUUCGCCCUUAUCCAAGAUAUGGUUGUAGCGUAGUCAAAUAAUAAUAAUAAUAAUAAUAAUAAUAAUAAUAGAAAGAUAAUAAUAAUAAAAAUGAUGAUGAUGAUGAUGAUCAGAAUGAUAAAUUAAAUUGGUGUUGGACCAUGAAACCCCUCAACAUAAGAUUUUUUUUUAUUUCUGAAACAUUAAUUUGCUUCAAGGAAGCAACCAAACAGCUGUGAUUUUAAUCAACACCAAGACAUUGUUAAGUUUGCUUGUUUGUCCUCUGACAAUUUCACCAUCACAAUUAUCUGUAUAAUAUGCUUUUUGAUUUGAUUCCUUCUUUUUUCUCACAGGAAUUCAGAUUGAAACACUAUGCUGGAGAUGUCACAUACAAUGUUAAUGGUAAAGAUUCUUAACACCCAUCCAGCAAAAGUUCAUAAAAAUGCCAUGAUUUAUUUUCCUCUCUAUAUUCACUCCAAGUAUGCAACGUAUAGUUUAAGUAAAUUUACUGUCUUAAUAUUAUUAAAUUUUGAUCAGCAAAUGCUUCAUGGGGUUUUUUUAUGAUCAUGCAUAGGCUCUUGAUUUCACAGGAUAAAAAUUAAACAAGAAAUAAUUCACAGAAAUGUUAAGACCAGAACAUGUAAUGUUUUGUUUGUGGUUUUCACGUUUCAUAUACUUAUAUUAUUCACCCAGGUUUUGUAGACAAGAAUAACAAUCUUCUGUUCAGAGAUCUGAAAGAGGUGGGUCAAUCUUAACUCAAUCUUACAUCUCAGAAGUGUUUUUCCAAAUUGUAUUAAUUUGUUAUUUUAGUACAUGCAUCUGCCAUGCCUUGCCAAAACGUAUGAGCUGCCACAUGCCACUGUCUUUGUGUGACAUCACUACGCAGUAUUUUUUCUUUCUAUAAAUAAAGAUGCUAAACUUUCAGUUACACAUUACCUCUUUUAAUUGUUUUUCAUGGACCAGGCAAUGUGUAACAGUAUAAACUGCAUCACAUCAGAAGUGUUUCCAAAGAAAGAAAUGCUGUCUUUGAAAAGGCCAGAAACAGUAAGUCUUGCACAUAAAAUGAAAAAAAAAAUUACUGACUGAAGACCAUGCAUUUUAGUUAUUGGUGUUUAAUUUUUGUUUUGGAUUUUGUUAUUCUCUAGGCAGGAACACAGUUCAAGACAAGUUUGAACAAUCUGAUGACAAUCUUAAUGUGUAAGCAGCCAUCCUAUGUGAGAUGCAUCAAACCAAAUGACUCAAAGAAAGCAGGUUAGGAUUCCUGGUCACAGUUAGAAAACAUCAUUACAAGUGAGAGCCUUGACCUUGGAAAGCAAGCUUGAGGGUCAAGGAGGAACAAUGCAUGUUUUCUUGUUCACUUUGAGGUCAAGAGUAGGUUUAAAUAUAUCCCUGUUGGUUUAUUUAGAAUUUUAGUCAUGUUACCUCAGUUUAAUUGUCAAGUGUUAUUGUAGCCUACUUGUAGCCACACCUUACCCCCCAACAUAUAGGCAAGUGCUAUUGAUAUGAAUAGCCUUCUCUCCUGGUUUUAAUAAUAAUUUUUAUAAAAAAAAAAAGAGAGAUGGAAGAUAGUAGUCCAAUAGUUAAAGUUUGGAAGUAAAUGUACUUACAGAGUUCUAAGAGGUGUCGGCAGCCAUGCCAAUAACAGUGCAACUUGGAUGUCGAGAUUCAAGCUUGAUCAGUUAAUUUACCAGUACUGUAUUUUUAAUUAUGGCGCAUGAAUUCUCAUAAUCAGUAUCUUCCAACUGAUUCUUGGUGUUUUCUAACAACAUUGAUAAGUGUUACUCUUCUGAAAAACGAAACUCGCCAACUUUGUUCUCACUUAAAUGUGCAUCCCCAUUCAAUUCCACUGAGGCUAAAAAGUUUAAAUUCUUCCUUGGCCUAGUUAUAAAUAAAACUUUAAACAUGUGUUAUUUGGAAUUUUCACAUUCUUUUUUUUUUUUUUUGCAGCUGUGUUUCAAGAUGAUCUUGUGAAACAUCAGGUAAAAUACCUGGGUCUGAUGGAGAAUCUUAGAGUUAGAAGAGCAGGCUUUGCUUAUCGCAGACCUUUUCCAUUUUUCCUUCAAAGGUAGGCUGUGUGUGAUGUACUAGAGGCUACAACUUUAGUGGAAGUAUAUAUUUGCUGUAAAAAAUACUCAGUGCAUUCUGGUUAUCAUUUGCUAUGGUCAUUUCUGACUCAAAAUAAAUAUUUUAUUUUCAUUGUAAACAUCACAGAUACAAGUGUUUGUGUCCAGAUACUUGGCCAACUUGGUAUGGUAUGUAAAUUUCUUAGUUUUUGGGUUUGAAUUGUUGCUGGCUGUAAAAAAAAAGUUUAUUUAUUUAUUCAAAAUGUUUAAAAAGAAAUCAAAUUUGAGGUCACUUACAUGCUUGUAUUCAAGUAGUUCAUAGAGGAGAGAAAUGCUUUAGUUCUUGACCACCAACAUGGCCACUGUGACCUCAUGUGCAAACCAGCAAUAUUUUUUGUUGUUUCUAGAUGAUCCUGGUGCAGGAGUGAAAAAAAUCUGUGAGCAUCUGGACUAUAAACCAGAUGAAUACCGGAUUGGGAAGUAAGUAGUAUUCUCCCUUCAACUCUUUGAAAGGUUAUUUAAAGAGACAGGGAUAUAAACAGCCUUGUCAUAGUUAAAUAUUAGCUUGAUUAAGUGGGUAGUCUUUUGGUCACCAUUUCGUCUUUGAACUCACUCUCUCUGAUUGCAUUGUGCACCAUAUCCAAACAAAGGAGGGUCCCCCACAUUGGAAAUUUUGAGGGGGAGGGGAGACAUAAAACACAAAAUUAUAAGAGGAAAGUGUGAAGCUGCAAAUUUAAGCUAUUAUAAUGAAUUAGUCCUGGGACACAUAUAUCUUGAUGUAUAUAAUAAUAUAUUUUUUACCAAAAGAAAUUUGGGGGAAAACUGCUUUUGCUUAUAUUAUUAUUACUGCUUUUAUUAUUUUUCCCAAUAAUAUUGUUAUUAUGCCUUAACCAGCAAAUUGCGAUAUUAAAUUACCCAAUAUUCUGCUUGACAGGACGAAGAUUUUUAUUCGAUUUCCAAAAACUUUGUUUGCUACUGAAGAUGCUUUUCAAGCCAAAAAGCCUGCUCUUGGUAUGUUUCUUAGAAUGUAAGAAUGUUUUAAAUUUGUUUCUGGACCUUAUAUCUGUAGACUUUUAAAUCUGCAAGUUAAUUUCUCUUCUGUGAUUUUGUCAGUCAAUUAACUUUGUAAUUUUUUCUUGCAGCAACAAUUAUCCAAGCACAAUUUAAAGGUUACUAUCAGCGCAAGAAGUACCUGAGAUUGCAAGUCGCAGCUCUCACCAUAGCAACACACUGGAGAAGAGUACUUGCUCAAAGACUCCUUGAGAGAAGAAGGAAGGCCACACAGCGGAUUCGCAAGUAAGUAUUGUUUGAUAUAUUUUGCUUCUCUCACAACACCGUGGGUGUUUUUAAUCCUCCUUUUUGUACCAGUGAACAUAGUUCUAUGUUCACACAACUCAAAAUUCAUGAUUCCUACAGUAGAAGCAAUAUUGGGUAUACUUGCGUAAUAAAAUGUCUCAUGAUGUUGAGGGCAUAUCUUAAAGUCAGAACAGUUCUAGAGUUCUCAAGGUCUCAUUACCAGAUUUUCUAAGAUUAAAAUUUCACCUUUUUUCUUGCACUGGUUUGUGUUUAUUUUACUCAGUCUUCAAAUAAUAUUUUUUGAAGGCUGUAAUAUCUAGCUUAUAUUUUCCUGUCAGGCAAGCAAGGAAGGGGUAGGUUGGGUGGCUUAACUCAGACAUGGUUUAUAUUGAAACUGCUUACACUGUACAUGUAGGUUAUUCACAGGUUACUCACAGCUUACCAUUGGCUACUAGGUACCUUUUUUAUAUUUUUUAUCUGCUGUUUUGUAAAGGUUUAUCAAGGGAUUCAUAACAAGAAACCAGCCUGCCAAUGACGAUAAUGUUGAUGUAAGUGUAGUGUUAAUUAAUUCUUGGUGAAAGAAUGAAAGAUGGUAAAUUUUAUUGUUACAGUAACUAGUUCUUGCUUGUUAAUAUCUUUAAUGUUUAUUGACGACUGGCUGUAUUCACACUAGAGAUGGAUUAUCUGUUGGAUAAUUCGCGUCAGACAGAUAUUACGUCUUAAUUUGAAAAUGGAACAGUCUUAAUUUUGGAUGGGCAAUUCGCGUGACUUUAUCCAUCUGUUUUUUGGUCAAUUUUGAAGAUGGAUUAUCCGUCUCUAGUGUGAAAAUGGCCACUGUUAUGUGACUUUUAAAAGUUAUUGCAAAUUAUAUUAUUAUUAACUGUCCCAUCUGUUUUAGUUUGUGGCAUAUGUGAGAAAAUCCCAUCUUCUACUUCUGGCCAGAAGUCUACCCACUACUGUACUGGACAAGAAAUGGCCAAAGCCUCCUGGAUCAAUGAUAGAGGUUACAGCAUUUUUUUUACCGCUUGACUGAGUCGUCACGGGUUCAGCAGAAAGCAUGCUUUUUUACCACACAUCAAGUUUUAAUCGGUGACAUCGGUGAUAAAGUUUACUAUAUGAAUAAGGCUACCAGUGGGAGAUUUAGUAUGUCAUUCUCUCUCUCCUCUUUUUGAAAUUUCAGUACUGUAGUUUGCCCAUAAAUAAUUAUGAACACCCAUAUUUCCUUCAACCAAUGAUAAUGUAUUCCAUUCUAUCACAUUAGUGUUAAACUUUGGGUACCUUUUUGCCAGCAGAGUGUUUGAUCAUUUUUAUUUUUCAACAUUUCAUUUUACAGGCUUCUGAUCAGCUUCAUAAGGUCCACACACGCUUGCUGGUGAGGAAGUAUAUAAGAAGUAUCACUGUUGAGAGAAAAACUCAGGUAAGUAACUAUGUGCCUUUUCAUUUUAGUCUUCUCCUUUUUGUCUUGUCUUCAGGAAUGGUUGUGUGCUGAUUGAUGAGGGAAGUUUGUAGCUGCCUUAAUUUUUCAAUGCAACGUAAAUUUUACUAAAAUUAAAUUUAACAAAUUUCUGUUUUUUUUUCUUUUAGCUCAGUAUGAAAGUGACAGCCAGUGAAGUGUUUAAAGGGAAGAAAGCUAAUUAUGAGUCAAGUAUUCCACGAGCAUUCAGUGCAUACAGACUUGGUAAUUUUUUAUUUACUAUUUUACAUUUCCAAUGUUAUAAUCACUAUUUGACAUAUAUACGUAAUAUUAGUUUUUAAUAUUAAGGAAAUAUUUUACCAAUAACAUCCUACCUUUGAUCCAAUUAGACAUUGAACAAGAAAUGCUCAAACAAAAAGUCAGUGCAGAUAAGCAGAUUUUGCCAUCAUCAGAAACAAUCAAGGUAAUCGCUAAUCUCUACAGCUUCCUUGAGAGCCAAAUAGCAAAAUUGAAGAAAUGUGGUGAAAUACUGUGAAGUGAUGCAACUUUUCACAUGUAUUAGUGAGGGGAAGAUCAUGCAAUAAAGUAAUAUUGUCCCUUAAAUAAUUUCCUAUCUUUUUUUUUAUGAUUGGAAUGUUGUCUAGUGUGCCUAACCUGUAAUUAAAACCUGUCAAUCUUUUGUUAGGGGUUGAGUUUUUAGUCUAUUUGUGUUUUUAUUUACAAAAAGCUUAAAAUAUCACAAAUUUUGUCGUAGUUAUGGUAACAGAGGUUCAUGUUGUCCGAUUUUGUUAAUUACGCGUAUCAUUACACGCUGAAUUGGACUCUAUUCAGUCUUAUUCCAAAUAUGAUUAAUGUGCUGUCUAUCAAUGAGACUUUUUCUUUUUUUUUCAUCUUGUUGCUCCAUUUUAUGUCAUGUGGCUGUUCUUUAGGAAGUUUUUUCUUUUAAAAAAAUUAGUCAUUUUUUCAUCAAAAAGCUGUAAAAAUAUUUCAUGAGAGAGUACUGGUAUCAUGCAAUUUACAGUAAAGGAACACUAAUCAGCAUGUAGAGCUAAUCUGGUCUGUUUUAUGCAUUUUUGUAGUUAGGUCUCAUAAUUCUGUCAUUUUUUUUUUCACCCUACUCUUACUAGUAUUGCACUGGAGUACACAAGUAUGACAGAAAUGGCUAUAAACUCAGGACACGCAUCCUUAUACUUACAGACCAGGUAAAUAAAUUAUGAAACAUUUAUGUUGUUUACAGACCAACUGUCAGUAUUAACUGGAGAGAACGCUGUUGCCCUGAUAUCUAUGCACAGAUGAGUGGGAAUUUGGUAUAUAAUUUCUGUGGCCCACCACCGAGAUACAUACGAAAAAAAAUGCCUCCUUUCUUAUUUUUGCCACAACUUUGCCUGCCAAAAAAAUUAUGCAAGUAGUAAACUAUUCCUGAUACAUAAUCAUAUGUAACUUGCACCGGCAAUUGUUAUUAAAGGAAUUGGAACUCAUCAUUUCACUAAAUGCUGUUCUGUAUGAAAAAUUCAACAAUCAACAAUCAGAUUUAAUGCUAAAUGUAAUGUUUUUGGAGUAAUUUAGGUUUCAGAGAAACUGUCCACCUACACCUCCCCUAAGCUAACAUUAGCACUUACUUCUCACUCAGGGCAAAAUGUUGGCUUAGGGAGGGGUAGGUGGUCAGUUUCCCAGAAACCUGAAAUGAUAGGUAUAUGUUUUUUGUAGGCCAUCUAUAUCCUUGAUGACAAGAACUACAAACUCAAGCACAGAAUUUCCAAUGGGAGUCUCAUAGGUGCAUACAGUUGAAAUUUAUAUUUAUCAGUCUGACCAUAUUUUGAAAUUAUGUUACUUGGCAACUUCCUUCAACAGUCUCCCACCUCUUCUUAUUUUUUAAUGCUCUCACUUGUUUCAGGUAUUUCAGUCAGUUCAAAAAAUGAUGGAGUCUUCGUUCUUCAUGUGCCAAUUGAUGAAAAGGCUGACAAGGUUUGUUUGAAGUAUUUAAUGUGAGGACGCUCUUUGUAUCUGCUGUCCACACACCAAAAAGUGUCUUAAAUCGGACAUGUUCUAAACGUGGUAAAAACAAAGAAGUGGCACAGAGCUGCAGGCGAGUGUGUCUCUGAUGUUUUUACCACAUUUUGACGUCCUGCGUGAUCUAUUACUGCACAGACUCACGGCAAAAUGGAAUCUAUUUGUUUUAUCAGAAGCAUAUGCUUCUGGUUUUAUACAAUGAUCAGAAACGAAAAAAAAGACAAAUACACAUAAGAAACUUACUGCCUCGUACCACUUGACUGUUCGAGGAUUUGUGCUAGUUUAGGCAUUUUUGGAGUCCCAAACGCUACUUUUCGUCUCUGCUUCUUUUUUUCUUUAUCUUACUUGCAUCUUACUUGCAUUCACCUUUUCGACGUCUUCUCGUGCUCAAAGCAGAGUAAUGGUGAAAACAUUUUGCAAACAGCGAGUCUUUCGUGGCGAUGACACACGAUGGCAACUGUUGUGAAGAUUUCUUGCAGUUCAGACAUUCUCAAGUUGUCAAGAACUCUUUUUGUCUCCGUUUCUCCAUAAUUUCUUGUUUGCAAAUACCUCCUGCUAAACUUUUUACAAGGUUUUCACUGGCUUAAUCCGAAAUAAUCUCACCAACAUUUUCAAAACCACGCGCCAUGUUGAACAAGACAAAGAAAACAAGUUUCCCGUGACGUCAUCCUUGUAUCUGUACUCUAAUAGAUUAUGGGCAACGACCAAUCACAGCGGGAGUAGCAUUCACAUAAUUGUAUAAAAAAUACUAGAUAGUAUCUAUAUAGCUGGCAAGUGUCCCGUGCUGAAUUUUCUGGAUCUGCCCUUGUCACCAUUACGUAAAUCAUUUCCCAUUAUUUUAAUUAUUUUAUCUUUUAAACCUCCCUAGGGUGAUAUUAUUCUUACAAGCACUUAUGUCAUUGAAACAGUAGUUUACAUCCUCUCAGCUCUCAACAACAACCAGCUUCUCAAAAUUGAAUCAGGAGAGUAAGUCUGGAUGAAGAUUUUAUUGUCUUUCCACUUACUACCAUGACUUAAUUCAUUGAGCAGUUACUUUCAAGAUUGCAAUACUGUCAUUGUGUGAUGAUCCUGUAGGAGUCAUUGGAUCAGUCUGGGUUUCUGGGAAACUCCCUACCUACCCCUCCCCCAAACCAACAUUAUCACUCACUUCUCACUUUUAGGGGAGGGGUCGGCGGGCAGUUUCCCAGAAAUCUAAAUUGAUCAAGUUAUCUUGUAGGAGUGCAUCUAGCCUGCGUAGCGAGCGUUUCCGUUUAGUUUCGGAGCAAAAAGAGAGACCGAGGAGGGAGAUUUUCGGUUUUGACCGCGCGAGAAAUGAAACGAGAGCCAUUUUUCGCGCGGACUUUGACUCUUGUUCCUCAUUCUUUGCUCCUGAACCGCAAAGAAACGCUUGCUACGCGGGCUAGAGUGCAUCAAACAAUCAGUUCAUUAAUAUGUUGGCUCUUAACAAGCGGUCAGUAAAUUUGUCUCGUAAUUCCCUUCUGUAAGACUAUUUUGUAGCUUAAACUUGUUUUCCUGUAAUUCUUAUUUGUCCACAUAGUUUACUUUACAAUAUAAUCUGCUUAUGACGGCUGUAACCUUUCCUCUCCGCCCGCGUGGUCUAGCUUUUGCUAUUUGCGGGCGAAGAUGGCAAAACGAUGAGUAUGAAAAUAGAGUCUGGUGUGUGAGACAUAUUGUUGUGAGAAUGUUGUGACUUUUUUGACGAGCAAGCUCUCAUUUUCGUCAGAGAUUUCAGUGGAGCAAGUAAAGUAAGUAAACGUGGAUGAAAAUUGACAGAUGCAAGGAUUAAAGGUGUGGGACUAACUGUAGUCCACAGUUAAGGCUUAAGUAAAAGUGAUGAUGGAACCAUUAAUUAAAUAUAUUGACCAGUACUUUAAUUUUUUCCCUAGAAUAAAGCAUAACAUGGCAAACAACAAGACAGGAACAAUUUCAUUCUACGAUGGGUAAGUAAAAUAUCAAGUUCUCAUUAAAGCAACCACUCAGUCAGCACUUGAAUAAAAGAAUUUACUUCUUUUCUCAAAUUUUAUCACCGUAUUAUUAAUUUCUUCAGCUCCGAAUUGUUGAUCAAAAAGGGACAAGCAGGUGACUUGGAAGUGGUGAGUGUCAUCGUCAUGUUGUAGCAUCACCUUCACAAUUUUUCAUUCAGGCUAAUAUCCCUAUUUAGGCUUGCAAUACAGUUAAAUGCUAGCUUGAAUAUUAUUGCAAAAACGUACAACCACGUCAUUAUGACCAUAGCUUUUUUAACUGUUCCUCAGUGUCGCACUGACAAAUUUUAUAUUGUCGUUCUUUCUGGAUCACAAUGUUUCGACUGUUACUGCAUGCUAGUCUUCACUAAGCAGCAAAACAAAUUAACUUUAAGUUUAUUGAUUCAAUAUUGUCAGAAGGUUUUGAUCUAAUUCCGAGCGAAGCGAGGCGCACAGCGCCUCGCUUCGCAAGGUUUAUAACCUCGUCGCGCGCGAAGCGCGUUGACCGCGCGUGGUCUUAGCGGCGUGCGAACUUGGCUGGCCCAUCUAUAUAUAUUUUUUUGAAUAUAUAUAUCGGUCAUUUCCAGUUGGUAUCCGCAUCCAGUGUGACGUUUCGCAGUAUAUGCAUUUCCGGUUCGUGCUGCAUUCACGUUCAAGACCUGAUUUUUAUUUAUCGUCUAUGAAAGAAAUUUUUAGACUAUCGGUGAAUCACGAGCAAAUUCCUUCAAUACCAAUGACCCACAAGAGCAAGCACUACAAUUCUGGAUUCAAGAAGUGGAUGCAAAUCCUCGCCGGGGAGAACUCUUCCGGAGCAACAACAGACCGCCGAAUUGAAAUUUAGCGGGAGCAACAAAGAAGACGACGACAGCGAAAAACCCCGCAACAGAGAGAGCAUCGCUUUAGCUUGGCCCAGCGAAGAAGAAGCUGUCAACAAGAGACAGGGAAGACCAGGGAGAGGCUAUAGCGAGUAGAGUACGUGUACAGACAGCUGUUAUGGCGGAAUUUUUUCGCUGCCUCUUUAUUCAAUUCAAUUCAAUUGUUUUUGAAUGCAGAGGGUCAAAAUACCGCAAUUACAGACGCUUCGAGGAAAUGCCGCCAAUACGCAAUGGAUUCACAACGCAAGCGAUCAGGAAAGGUAGUGCAUUCCUGGAAGUUUGCUGUCGAAAUUCAGCUUAAGUUCUUCGAUGCAACGAUAGGCAGCAAGAAUUACACGUGAGCCUGACCGAUAUCUUUCCAACGGACCGAGUUGAGAACAGCCAAUCAGCCAUUGCACCAUCAGCAAAAACGGGUUCAGAGUGAUCGGAGAUCAAUGGUAAAAUUUCACGUUAAGGUUACUAUAUAUGAACAGUCUAGAAUAUAAUGUGUGACAUGUGCAUUGUAGGGAAGCGUAAAAUUUGUCAACAAACAAGUCCUACAUAAAAACAUUUUUAAUCACAAAAACCUUGUCGAACUUUAUUACGCAUUUGAAAAUGACAAAUUAUUUUAAUACAGUAACAUAAAAAUAUACCAUGCAAAGAUGUCCAAAACGAUCAUAUCUGAAUUUUCCAGUGACAUCUUCUGUUUGUUUCUCUUUUGGUUUGAGCUGUUUGGCAGCUGUCGAGCUUUCCUCUGACACUGGUACAUCACCAACAUCUACUUUGCUACUUGCAGUUACAUUCAAAAAUUUUUACCUUUGAAUAGCUUAAUCUUAGAAAAUAAAUACGACUUUUCUCUCCACCUGGUAUCUCUAGAUCAUUAGAGUUAGCUCUUCUAACCAUUUUUUCGUAAAAUGACCAAAGAGAGCCAAAAAGUGGUCGCGCCUCUGAUUCUGCGGCCGUGCGAACGAGGAAGCACAUAUCAUACGCCAGGCAAACGCAUUUAAAAAAUAAUUUUUUAUACCCAGUCUCCUACCAACACUUUUGGAAGGUGGUUAACAUCGAUAUGGUUUAGUGAGCUUCACGAAAAAUAAACUGGGCAUUUCACGUUUCACGGAAAAUACAGUGAGCAAACCAGUAGAAGGUACACUCACCAAAUACAGAAAGUUAUCGAAAGUUCCUGUCAUCCAGCUCUUGAUUACUUACGCUUUAAAAAGUUUUGAAAGUGUCAACAGCAUCUUGCUUACAAAGUCUGUGACGUGCCAAGGCAAGAAUUUGCUCGUGAUCAAAAUCAGUCGUUCAUGUUUUAAUGUUUUUGUAAGCAGAGCAAGAGAGUUAAAACUUGCGCGGGACCACCCGUACUUUAAUUGAAAACCAAAUUAAAAUAAGGACCAAGCGGGAUAGCUUUUUCAAUAUAACUUAAAAUAUGAACGGUGUACAGAGGACGAGAAAUCAGAGGUUGAGGUAAUAAUUGUGCAUUGCUACAAUGAUGGCUACUUCUGGCCAACGUUAUAUGACAACGUCAAUCACUCAAAAGUCACAAACUAGACCGAACAUAGCCUGCGAGCAAGCUCUCCUAUUUGUGCAAGCGAAGUGAGCCUCGCGAGAACGCGCGAGCGAGAGGCCGCUCGCUCGCGCGUUCUCGAGAUACUCGCUUCACUCGCGCGAAUAGGAGAGCUUGCUUGCCGGCUAGACCGAACAGUAUUGGGUCAUUACCAAAGUGGAGUCACGGUGCAGCAUGCAGUUUAUUUUCGGCGAUCAUUUCUAUACGUGUUGGCAUUUUGGCAAUGAUCUAACUUCCCCCGAAUCCAGGCCCUUGGUUUUCGUGUAUUCAUACACGCCUAAACGCAGUGCUAUCAACUCUCCCGGAUAAUCCGGGAGACUCCAGAUUUUGGACCUUAUCUCUCGGUCUCCAGAUUAGAGUUUGAUAUCUCCCGGAUAAUCGCCAAAGUUGCCAUUUCUUGUAGACUCGACUUUCCCACCAUAAAAUUUCAAAUAUUUUGCGUUUUUUGAGCUACUGUUAACAUGCAACGUUUCCUCAUAAAUUAUGGUUUGCCACUGUAAUUUAAGCUAUAAUGUGGCUAAAUAUGAACUCUUUAUGUGCUAUAUACGUCGAUCGGAAUCACCGAGCAUUUUUGGCACAAAUGACGUAAUUUGUCGUAUCAAUUCUCAAUUUCAAAAAGGGAUGAUAAAUCCUUGAUAUUUUCUUCUCGGCAAUUUUGUAGAAGUAAACAUAAUAAAAAAGAAAUGCGGAUAGAUUAAGUAUGGUCCUCAUGGCGCUAAAAUUAUAACUGAAUGUUUCGAAGUUCCAAAAUUGAAAUAAAGGGGAGGCAACCCCCCAAUGUGCCUUUCAUUCUAACCCCCAUUUUUUUUUUCACCUUCUCCUUUAGGGUAUAGGGGUGGGUCAAUAAAAUGGGAUGAAAGAGACCCCCUGAUUCAAUUGAAUAAAUCCUCUGUUGUUCAUGAUGGGGUUUGUUUAUGAUUUCUCUCACAAAAAUUACUUUACUAUUGAUUGCAACAUUUUGUAGUCUUCAUCAGUCAUGGAGUCAAUCUUUCCCUGAGUACCACAUGCAGCAGUUGAGUGUAGUAGAGAUGUUUUGGGGUCAACCUGAAGGCCAAAGCCAUGAGUGGCUUGACUGAAACCAGAAACCUUGCAUGAAGAGUCUCUGGCACCCAGCAGGGAAAGAGUCAGUUGGCUGUUAGGGAAAUAAAGACCAGGGCUGAGUUGCUCAAAGCAUUGUUAGCUUUAACCAUUGGUUAAGCAGUAUCAAAACCAAUACGUUGUCAAGGUAUUAAACGCUGGUUAACGCUAACCAUGCUUCGAGCAACUGGGCCCAGCAUUAUGCGGUUACAAUGUUGCAGUCAAUAGCAAGGUGAUUGGUGCAAGACAAACAAUAACUAACCUCAAACACAAAGCUUAAUUAAUAUCUUUUAUUAUUUCCUGUUCUUUUUUUGUAAAUUUAGACUGCUCCUGGCUCGUAACUGUAAUGUUAGAUGUUAUUCUGUAACGGUUACUGUGUGAUCUCCCCACCUGUACUUUGGUAUUUGGAAAGUUCCACAAGUAUUGGACAAGCAGAUAUUCUUAAACUUUAUAUCUGAAUCUAAAAUUAAUACUAUAACAGAUGGUUUUAUCAAACUACGAUUAUAGUGAUUAUCAUAAACAAAUAUCUUUUUCCUCAAAAACUAAAAUCAUAUUAUUAUAAGUCUACUUCCGAAUUGCCUUUUAUUUGCUUGUGAAACACGAGGAAAACUACCCCUAAGCUCUUUCAGUCCUUAUGGAAGCCAAACUUCAAAUUCUCUAAGAAUUAAAUAUCAGUUUUGUUACUGUCAAAUUCCAAAAACGCCCGGGGGGGGGGGGGUACCUCCAUACAAGGGCUAUAUAGGUAUGUGCCGCUGUGAAGGGUAUGGUUUUCAAGCAGUUUACUCUAGGAUAGGGUAUAUAAAUCAGAGCGUUUGGGUCUAGACUAGGGUAUCAUUUUUCAGGAAACUGAUCAGUUGGUUGGAGAUUUUAUCUAGACUAGGGAUUGUGGUACAAGGUUUUGUUUUGGCUAGACUGUGCUAGUGACCUUAGUAGUUUCUGGAAAACAGCUACUCUAGGAUAGUGGGGAUUUGGGGAGAUUACUCUAGUAUAGGGUAGCAAAAUUCAGCUGAACUAGCUCUGGUAUUCUCGGUUUUCACUGUCACGCAAUCAAAAAUAAAAUUGCAAACCAUUCGAUACAGAAAGUCCCGAAUCUUGGAAAUAAAAGAAGAUAAAUAAGCAAAAGACCUUGCCAAGAAUCAGGUCUGUGCGAUAUUUCAUAUGCGAGAUAUUAGGAAAAACGUUUUACCCAAAUUUAUAAAGCUUUGUAUGGAGGCGCCAUGUUUGUGUCCCUUUGAGGGGCACAAAUAUGGCCGGAAACCAAAAAACAUCUGUUUUUGAGUUUUCCUACUAAUGCGUUAAUUCAUCGCUUAAAAAACUCAUAAACUAUUAAAGUGAUAUUUAUUCUGACAGAAGGAAUGUUUAGAUAGCAAAAUCUCCCAAAACUGGUAAUGUUUUUAACCCACAGAAGAGCAGUCCCGGCCGCCAGCUAAAUGCCGCGUCACGCAAAAGCCUAGAAAUUCAAACGUCCUCUAUCGCAAAACGAAGAACCCUUUCGAACCAAACCUCUGUUUAAAUAAAGGUGUUUAGGUGCUGUAAUACCUCAUGAAACUCAGAAUCUCAGAAGAAUCGAUUGUUUCUUAGUUUGAAUUUUGAUGACGUCAUGUGAAAACCGAGAAUA